AUGUACUGCAGCCACGCCUACCAUCACGGACACUACUGGUCCCAUGGAGACAACGGCCAUCAAUUCUUCGUCAUCGAUCCCAAUAAAAAGGAGGUCGUUGACGUAAUUGAAACGAGACCCGCACUCGGCCCUCAUGGCCUAGUUCUUGAUGAGAAACAAGACGUCCGAUGGUGCAGUUAUGAAGAGCAUGAGUCCAGCUCCAGUGGAGGAGUGAUUGGCAUCGACCUGAACACCGGCAAAGUCAUCAAACAAGUCGAGAGCUCGACGAAGACCCAUUGGUUCGUCGGGACGCCCGACGGGAAGUAG